GUGGUACAGACAUCAUAUCUUGUUUUGCUGGUCAGAACCCGACCCUCCCAGUACACAGAGGAGAGAUACAGUACAGGAACAUGGGAAUGGCAGUUGAAUGCUGGGACAGAAAUGGUAAGCCGGUAUACGAUGAGAGUGGCGAGUUGGUGUGCACUAAACCUUUCCCUUCAAUGCCAACUCAUUUCUGGAAUGAUGAUGACUCCAUCAGGUACCAAAAAUCAUACUUCUCAGUUUAUUCAGGGGUGUGGGCUCAUGGUGAUUUUUGUAAGAUUAGUUCAAGAACUGGUGGGAUUGUAAUGCUGGGGAGGAGUGAUGGGACGCUCAAUCCUAGUGGCGUGAGAUUUGGAAGUGCCGAGAUUUAUAACAUCAUUGAGAAGUUUGAUGAAGUUAAGGACAGUUUAUGUGUCGGGCAAUUGGUUGGAUUUGAUGAACGAGUGAUUCUCUUUAUUAAAAUGAACCAUGGCUAUACUUUUAAUGACGAGUUUGUUAAGAAAGUAAAGAUGUUCAUUAGAGGAGAGUUAUCAGCACGACAUGUUCCAGCUAUCAUUUUAGAAACUAGUGAUAUACCAGUAAGGAAAUAGAAAAAUAUAUGUAUUUAAAUUUGCUAUUAAGCUCAAA